CUCGGUCUCAAGUCUCACCCCUCCCCAGCAAUCAUGGCCCGCGAACGCACCUACAUCAUGGUCAAGCCCGACGGCGUGCAGCGUCACCUGGUCGGCGAGAUCAUUAAGCGCUUCGAGACCAAGGGCUACAAGCUCGUGGCCCUGAAGCUCGCCCGCCCGUCGGUGGAGCACCUGGAGGCCCACUACUCGGACCUGGCCGGCCGCCCCUUCUUCCCGGCCCUCAUCAAGUACAUGAGCUCGGGCCCCGUGACGUGCAUGGUCUGGGAGGGCACCAACGUGGUGCUCGAGGGCCGCAAGAUGCUCGGCGCCACCAAGCCCACCGAGUCGGCUCUGGGCACGAUCCGCGGCGACUUCUGCGUGGACGUCGGCCGCAACGUGUGCCACGGCUCGGACUCGGUCGAGUCGGCCGAGAAGGAGAUCAACCUCUGGUUCCCGGAGGGCGUCGUCGAGUGGGGCGCCCAGGACGACGAGUGGGUGUACGAGAACUGAAUGCCUCGCGUCGAUCCAGCUCCAGCUCAAACUCAAGUAGCUCCAGCUGUAGCCAACGUGACGGUCACGCCGGUGCUCGAGGACGCGGAGGCGCAGCUCCCCGCCCCAUCCGGGUGCGCGCACUGCACGCUCCUCUAGCUCUAGUCAGUUUAAUCAGGAAAUGAACGCUCGGGAGCGUCCCUCACGGACCCUCCCUGCAUUUGUUGCCCUGCUC